GGAAGACAUGCGAUAUAUUGAAUCUGCGAGCCUGACUGGAGAAAGUGAAGCAUUAGUGGCGGUGCAAGAUUGAUUGUCUGUAUGUACAUCGUCCUUCCAAAAUGGCAACCUUCGUCUUGUCUAUUUCCCGGCACCCAUUGACUCUUCAAGGCUGGAAACAUUGCCCGGAAGCCUUCUAGGAACUUUAAAGCUGCCUUAUCAACUCUAAAUGACCAGCAAUCGGUCAAACGUCCCUCAAAUCCUGCGAUGAAGUCAAUGAAAAUGAAUCUUCCGCCUGUCCAAUUGCUGUUUCCACUUGGCUCGAGCGUUCUAGGGCUCACGUGCACAACUUCCGCUCAUUUGGGGGUCUGCGUCAGCAAAACGCUCCACUUCUCUCCUCUUGCCACUCACUUGCGGCUUGCACUCCCGCUCAUCAAAUCGACAUAUGGCUCGCACCAAGCAAACUGCCCGCAAGUCCACAGGAGGUCUGUCGUCAUUGCAGACGUCGGCGAUAACAUGUUACCAAAAAAUUGCACAGGCAAAGCGCCCCGUAAGCAGCUCGCCACCAAACAAGCACGUAAGACCGCUCAGCCUGGCGGUGCCACCGGUGGUGUCAAGAAGCCGCAUCGUUUCCGGCCUGGAACGGUCGCUCUCCGUGAAAUAAGACGUUACCAGAAGUCGACGGAGCUGCUGAUCCGCAAGCUGCCCUUCCAGCGACUCGUGCGUGAGAUCGCACAGGAUUUCAAGACUGAUUUGCGGUUCCAAUCCUCGGCUGUCAUGGCCUUGCAGGAAGCUGCGGAGGCUUACCUCGUUUCACUCUUCGAGGACACUAACCUGGCAGCUAUCCACGCCAAGCGUGUUACCAUCCAACCCAAGGAUCUCGCACUUGCUCGUCGCUUGCGCGGCGAGCGCUCUUGAGGGCCCUGCGUGCUAUCAUCGGCUUCGGUAUCUGCCGACCUUCGAGACUCGUUCCACGUACAUACUGCUAAGGUAGACAAGUGUUUGAAUACGAAUAUAAUACAUGUAUGAGAUCAAACUGGAACCUACGCAUGGCGAAA